UUGGUGUUCACAACUCGUUACCUUGACCUCUUCACUACUUUCGUUUCGGUGUACAAUUCGGUUGCGAAAGUGGUUUUUAUCAUCUCUUCAUAUAUUACGGUGUUUCUGAUGUAUCGGAAGUUCAAGGCUACGUACGACAGUAACCAUGACACUUUUCGUUUGGAGUUUCUCGUUGUCCCAUGUGCUCUUCUUGCGCUUUUGGUAAACGAACGUUUCACUAUUCUGGAAGUCCUUUGGGCAUUUUCCAUAUAUUUAGAGGCUGUGGCGAUACUUCCACAACUAUUCCUAAUUAGUAAAACCGGUGAGGCGGAAACGAUAACUUCACACUAUCUGUUCGCACUGGGUUCUUACCGAGCCUUGUAUAUAUUGAACUGGAUAUACCGGUACUUCGUUGAGCGCCACCUGGACAUGAUAGCCAUUGUUUCGGGUGUGGUGCAAACACUCCUCUAUUGUGAUUUCUUCUAUUUGUAUAUCACUAGAGUUGUGAAGGGCAAGACGCUCGCAAUGCCAGCCUGA